GCGGUGAAAUACAGCCGAAAGGCCAUAAACCAGCCAGCAAUCAGUAGAGAAGUAUGUCUAAAAUGAAGCUGCACGCGGUUCAAUUUCUAUUGUUAUUAGCAUUUGCUUUCGCUCAGGCUAAGGAAUACGAAUGCCAAAAUAACGUGAAAAUCGAUAAUUUUUGUCUCAUAAGCCAAUUUUACGGCGGUUCUGAAACUGCCUGCAAAAUGCGCUUUCCUAAUCAUACCGCAAUCAAGCUUCAAUUCCCUAGGAUUGAGAACUUGUCUGCUCGGAUUGCUUAUAAUAUGAGAAAGGUAAUAAAUUUGGAUAUAUCCAACGGCUAUGUACGAAACAUUUACAUAAAACCUGAGUUAGUGUUCCUGCGGGCUACAAACUGCGAGUUGAAGAAGUUGUACAUCGAUGAUAGAGCGCCGAAUCAGCUGGAGGAACUAUAUCUUUCGAAAAAUGAACUAUCUCAAUUACCGGAAAAUCUACGUCAUUUAGAAAACCUUUCGAUGCUGGAUUUGUCGCAUAAUUACAUAGAAUUUUUCGACAUGGGUGAGCUGCACGAUUUAAAGUUUCUGUCCAUCGUGGAUGUCAGCUACAAUCGACUUAAAGUCGUAUUUGCUGCAGAUACAGUGCAGUUACCGGAUUUGGUGUUUUUAAACUUGAAACAUAACAGUCUUACCGCGAUGCACAUUUCCCAUUGGGAAACACCGAUUUUGAACGAACUGGAUGUGUCCUAUAACCAACUGUCUCAUGUUGCAAAAUUUCCACAAAAGUUACCCGGAAUGGUGAGCGCCAACUUUGAGCAAAAUCCGCUUACCUGCUCCUGGUUGCGAGAAACUACGAAACUGUUAGAAGCUAAAAACGCCACUUUCACCUCUAGCCUGACGACCUGCGUCGAACCGAAUAGACUUUACCAAUCGAAGGAGACGUUCAUACACGAGCUUGAGAUGAAGGACCUGUUGAGGGCUAACAUUCUUGAAAUUGCCAGGAACCUGACGGAGGCCGAGAUCGAUGUUGAUGACAAAAUUGAUGAUAUUUUCUGUCGCAUUAUGGGUGGAGUGUGAAAAAAGUUUUGUAUAAAUGACUGAAUAAACUUAUCUUUCUAAUGCA